AUGUUUCUUCCAAGCGUUCAUGCCGAGACCGACAAGGAGGCUCUCCUCCAAUUUAUUAAAGAGAACCCUCUUGGUCUCCUUAUCACAGGCCAAAAUUCAGCCCAAGUGGACUUUUUGCAAUGCACCCAUGUGCCCUGUGUUCUCGAUCUGCCUGAAGAAUAUGGUGGUACAGAGCCCCGCAUCCGCGCUCAUAUCGCCAAGCAAAACCCCCAGGUGAAGGCUAUGAUCGAAGCCGUCGACGAAAAGCCACCAAAUGUCCUGGAGCUCGACAACGACGUCUUGGUUCUUUUCAACGGAAAGCACGAUCAUUAUGUUACCCCGAAGUAUUAUACGGAGACAAAACCUAGUACUGGAAAGGUUGUUCCCACUUGGAACUAUUCUGCUGUUCAGGUGUACGGCAAACUGUCACUAUAUUACGAUUCGAAGACUCCCGAGGCCGGGGCCUUCCUCGCCCAACAGGUUCACGACUUGUCUCAACACGCCGAAACAACGAUCAUGGGUUAUACAGGUGGUGAAAAGCCGCAGCCAUGGACAGUUUCCGAAGCUCCAGAAUCCUACACCGACCUUCUCAAGCGCAAUAUUGUGGGAAUCGAGAUCAAAAUCACCAAAAUCGAGGGCAAGUUCAAGAUGAGCCAGGAGAUGCGACCUGGUGAUCGCGAGGGCGUGGCUCAAGGCUUCGCGAAGAUGGGCACCGAGACUGGUACGGCGAUCUCGGAACUCGUCAAGGAAAGAGCGGAAUUGAGCGAUUUGAAGAAAAACGCUGCGAAAGCCAGUCAAUAA